AUGUCUAGAUCAAUCGCCUACCAACACUACACCCGCGCGCUCUCGCGCUGGCCAGUCGACAACCUCCGUCCAGACUGCCAAUUUCCCAAGAUAAUGCGAAAGCGACUCGAGCAGAGGUUCCUGCCUGUAUCCUCGCAACCCACCCAAACUGGCACCACGCAAGCUGUUGCACACAACUCUGUAGACGAGAAGCUAGAGUUGGAGCAGGCGAAUGUGUUGUACUCGCUGCUAGAGAACCGGUAUUCGGGGAAGUAUCCAAUCAAGGGAGAGCUGAUGACACCGAAAAGUAAUCCGAAUCAUUAUACGAAUCUGAUCAAGGAGUUGGAGGAGGCGCCGAGGAGUAGUUGGAUGGAGAGGACAAUCAAACGCUGGAAGGGUUUUCUACGGUUUCAAUGA